ACCUGAUUCAAAACCAAGGAUGGCCGUCCCUUCAUUAACGUUAGCUGCUUUUAUCUGCUGGAUGAGUCUAGGUAAUGUAUGGGGAAAUGAAAAGAUAUACUCAGACAACAUCACUCGCAUUCUGGACAGACUUCUAGAUGGUUAUGACAACAGACUGCGACCCGGUUCUGGAGGCGGUGUCACCGAGGUGAAGACAGACAUCUUUGUCACCAGCUUUGGACCUGUUUCAGAUGUUGAAAUGGAGUACACCAUGGACAUGUUCUUCCGCCAGAUGUGGGUUGAUGAGAGGCUGAAAUUUGAGGGCCCCAUUGAAAUCCUGCGGCUGAAUAACCUCAUGGUGGACAAAAUCUGGACGCCAGACACUUUCUUCAGAAACUCCAAGAAGUCCAUUUCCCAUAACAUGACCACACCCAACAAGCUCUUCCGCAUCAUGCAGAACGGGACUGUCCUUUACACCAUGAGGCUCACAAUCAGUGCAGAGUGUCCAAUGAGCCUGAUGGAUUUCCCUAUGGACGGCCACUCCUGUCCUCUGCGGUUUGGAAGCUAUGCAUACACCAGCAGUGAAAUUUUAUUUACCUGGAGGAAGGGGCCAAUAGCUUCCGUGGACUGUCCCAAAGAGUCAAUGAGUCUUCUGCAGUACGAUCUUGUCGGACAGACUUUGUCCAGGGAGAUAUUCAAAUCAAACACAGGUCACUACUCUGUGCAGGUGGUCUAUUUUCACCUCCAGAGGAAGCUGGGCUACUACCUCAUACAGACCUACAUCCCUCUUAUCAUGGUUGUCGUACUGUCACAAGUCUCUUUUUGGAUCAACAAAGAGUCUGUUCCUGCACGCACAGUUGCUGGCAUCACCACAGUGCUGACCAUGACCACCUUAAGCAUCAGUGCCCGCCAGUCUCUACCUAAAGUAGCCUAUGCCACGGCAAUGGAUUGGUUCAUUGCUGUGUGUUUUGCCUUUGUGGCGUCAGCUCUCGUCGAAUUUGCGGCAGUGAACUACUUCGCCACCUUGCAGGCCCACCGUCUGAAGAAGAAGGCAGCCAGACAGGAGAAGCUUGAGGUCCUGGCCACCGGCAGCGAUGAUGGUGACACAGUUUCGUCGGACAGCAGCCCCCGGGAAGGCCUGAAGAAGAGAAACCACUCAGUGAGCCGCAGUGAGCCAGGAGAUAUUCCCCAUAUGCCCAUUUUCCUCCAGCAGGGCUCAGCCAUUCCCCAAAUCCCACAGCUGGCCGGCACCAGCCCUAUUGAUGCGUAUGCCCGCAUCCUCUUCCCCCUUUCCUUUGCUCUCUUCAACUUGAGUUACUGGUAUAUCUAUCUGGUCAAGGACACAAUGGAGAAGCCCAGGUAA